CUGGAAAUGGCUCGAACGAAGCAGACCGCCCGAAAGUCGACAGGGGGGAAAGCUCCGCGCAAACAACUCGCGACGAAAGCUGCCCGAAAAAGCGCACCGGCCACCGGCGGCGUGAAGAAGCCCCACAGAUAUCGACCCGGCACCGUAGCCCUCAGAGAGAUAAGGCGAUACCAGAAAAGCACCGAGCUUUUGAUCCGCAAGCUCCCGUUUCAAAGAUUAGUGCGCGAAAUCGCCCAGGACUUUAAGACCGAUCUGCGCUUUCAAAGUUCGGCCGUGAUGGCUUUACAGGAAGCUAGCGAGGCAUAUCUUGUAGGGUUGUUUGAAGACACCAACUUGUGCGCCAUUCAUGCCAAAAGGGUCACCAUUAUGCCAAAGGAUAUUCAGCUGGCGAGGAGAGUGCGGGGAGAACGAGCCUAA